CCUACCUCAGGUCUUUGUGCUCCUCCUCGCUUGCCUUUUCCUUUGCCGCACGUUUUCCAGGAUAACUGGAACUCCAGGCUCACAAUGGAUGCCCUGCAACUGGCAAAUUCAGCGUUUGCUGUUGAUCUCUUUAAACAACUGUGUGAAAAGGAGCCAGUGGGCAACGUCCUCUUCUCUCCAAUCUGUCUCUCCACCUCUCUGUCACUUGCUCAAGUAGGUGCCAAAGGUGACACAGCAAGUGAAAUUGGACAGGUUCUUCAUUUUGAAAAUAUCAAAGAUGUGCACUUUGGAUUUCAAACAGUAACAUCGGAUGUAAACAAACUUAGUUCCUUUUACUCAUUGAAACUAAUCAAGCGGCUCUAUGUAGACAAAUCUCUGAAUCCUUCAACAGAGUUCAUCAGCUCUACUAAGAGACCCUAUGCAAAAGAAUUGGAAACUGUUGACUUCAAAGAUAAAUUGGAAGAAACGAAAAGUCAGAUCAACAACUCAAUUAAGGAUCUCACAGAUGGCCACUUUGAGAACAUUUUAGCUGACAACAGUGUGAAUGACCAGACCAAAAUCCUCAUGGUUAAUGCUGCCUACUUUGUUGGAAAGUGGAUGAAGAAAUUUCCUGAAUCAGAAACAAAAGAAUGCCCUUUCAGAGUCAACAAGACGGACACCAAACCAGUGCAAAUGAUGAAUCUGGAGGCCACGUUCUGCCUGGGCAACAUCGACAGUAUCAAUUCUAAGAUCAUAGAGCUUCCCUUUCAAAAUAAGCAUCUCAGCAUGCUCAUCCUACUACCCAAGGAUGUGGAGGAUGAGUCGACGGGCUUGGAGAAGAUUGAAAAACAACUCAACUCAGAGUCGCUGUUGCAGUGGACCAAUCCCAGCACCAUGGCCAACGCCAAAGUCAAACUCUCCAUUCCAAAGUUUAAGGUGGAAAGGAAUAUUGAUCCCAAGGCUAGUCUGGAAAACCUAGGGCUGAAAAAUAUCUUUAAUGAAACAACAUCUGAUUUCUCUGGAAUGUCAGAGACCAAGGGAGUGGCCCUAUCAAAUGUUGUUCACAGAGUGUGCUUAGAAAUAACCGAAGAUGGUGGGGAUUCCAUUGAAGUGCCAGGGUCACGAAUCCUGCAGCACAAGGAUGAAUUCAAUGCCGACCACCCAUUUAUUUACCUCAUUAGGCACAACAAAACUCGGAACAUUGUGUUCUUUGGCAAAUUCUGUUCUCCUUAAAUGGCAUGGUGCAAAGUUAAGUCCCCACCCCACAUCCCCGACUUUUCUGUGGAUGCAGAUUUCUAUAAAUUUUGCAUCUGGAGAAUCCAUUUCUAAAUACAAAAGAUUGUUAAUGUUGCUGAAUCAGGAA